AUGACUCGUAUGCUUUCACGAAAUAAGAAGGAGCUCGCUUACUUGCAAACCAUUGAUACUUUUGUUGAAAUUGGAGUUCUUUUGGCAAGAGAAGAAGAGACGAAGUCUAAGCAUUCGAAGAAGACUGCUGCUGAAUCUUCUGAGAAACAGGUCAAAGAAUCUAAAUCUACAAAGAGUCUAAAGAAGUUAAAAAUUACGUUAGCAGAGCUAACAAAAACCAAAGUUUCUGUUGCUGAUACCCCAUCAACUCAAAAGGAAAUCAUUCCUUCGAAGACUGGUGUCUUUCGCAGAAUCAAGAUGAAAUCCAAACAUAAGAGUUGA